AUGUACCGUCAAAUAUGUCUACAUGAACCAGAUAGAGUUUGUCAACAUAUACUAUGGCGCAAUUCGCCUAGUGACGAGGUACAGGAGUAUGAGUUGUGUACGGUCACAUAUGGCGUCAGUUCGGCUCCGUUUUUAGCGAUUCGAUGCCUACAACAGCUCAAUAUGGAUGAUGGACCUGAAUUUCCACUCGUCCACGAUGUCCUGUUAACUGAUACAUACGUGGAUGAUAUUUUCGUUGGCGCUGACACUUUAGAGGACGUUUUAGCAGAAAAAAUCCAAAUCAUCGACUUGUUAAAUCGAGGUGGAUUUAGCCUGAAAAAAUGGGCUAGCAAUUGUCCCGAGAUUUUGAACACUAUCGACAUUGAAGACCGGGCUAUGACACCAUGGAUAGAGCCAACUAGGGAACAGGCCGUCAAAGUUUUAGGAGUACAUUGGGACCCUGUACUUGACACAUUCGGCUAUCAUUCGACGAUAAGUCAAGUUACUCCUACAAAACGGUCAGUAUUAUCAACUGUUGCUCGCUUUUAUGAUCCAAUCGGCGCGUUGGGUCCGAUGGUUUUCUGGGCCAAGUGUUUAAUGCAGAGGCUAUGGAUGGAAAAAUUAGAUUGGGAUGCACCACUUUCAUCAGCUUUGACAUCGUUGUGGCAAGGUUUCAUCGAUAAGCUGCCGGACUUAGCAUGCUUGUCGUUACCACGACACAUUGCAGUAGUCAACAGUCAAGAUAUACAAUUACUAGGAUUCGCUGACGCGUCUCAGGUUGGAUAUGCAGCAACAGUGUAUUUGCGUGUGGUAGACCAGAGUGAUAAUGUCCGAUUGUAUUUCCUGGCAUGUAAAACAAAGGUUGCACCACUGAAGUCAUCAUCAAUGAAUAUGUCAUUAACCAUACCACGGCUAGAGCUCUGUGCCGCACUCUUGUUGUCACGUCUCUUGUCUCUACGUUUGAAAGUUUUACAGGGCAGAAUCAAGAUCACACGUGUCCGGGCAUGGACAGAUUCAACUAUUGUUUUAUCGUGGCUCACAGCUGAACAAAGGCUAUUUAAAAUCUUUGUCACAAACCGAGUAUCGAAAAUACGCAAUCUCGUACCCCAGUGCGAAUGGGCUCACGUCGGUACUGCAGAUAAUCCAGCCGACCCUGCAUCGCGAGGACUGCUUCCAGAUGCCUUGGUAGCAUGUUCAUCAUUUCUACAUGGACCGGAAUUUCUCCAGUAUCCGGAAGAGCAAUGGCCGGUUGCCAUCACAUCGAUUGUAGAUCCUGCAGAGCUCCCUGAUUUUAAACGCCCAUCGAAAAAUGUGCUGUUAGCUCAACAGGUUGAUGAUAGUUUGAUUCAGCGGUUUUCUGUGUUGCGCAAGAUGCAACGGGUGCUAGCAUAUUGUCUUCGAUUUGUCGACAAGGCUCGACAACGUCCAGUCGUGAGUGGACCAAUCAUUUGGAAGGAGUACGAAAAUGUUUUGACAAAGGUAGCGAGGUACACUCAAAGGUUAUAUUACGCAGAGUUGCACCACCAACUAGGAACUUCAAAUUCCGUCAUCACCCCGAGUUCCCUCGCUCAACUUGCACCAUUUGUCGAUGCUCACGGUGUGAUUAGAGUAGGCGGCCGUCUACAGCAUUCGGACUUGAACAUAGACGCCAAACACCCUAUCUUGUUACCAAAGUCGUCUCACCUUGCUUACAUCAUUAUUCAACACUACCAUCAGAACACUUUACAUGGUGGAUCGCGUCUAGUGGCCUCACUAAUUCAGCGACGUUUUUGGAUCGUUUCCAGUCGAGCUGCGAUACGGCAAGUUAUAUUUAAAUGUACAGUGUGUGUCAGAUACAAGGCUGCCGCUCCCCAACCAGUGAUGGCAGAUUUACCCUCAGCAAGAGUCCAACAAUGUCGACCAUUUACAAAUGUCGGGAUGGACUACGGAGGUCCAUUCACGGUUAAAGAAAGUCAACGCCGUAAUUCAAGGACUUAUAAGGCGUAUCUUGCGUUAUUUAUUUGUCUAUCCACCAAGGCUGUCCACCUGGAGGUGGUAACGGAUUUGUCAACGGAAGCCUUUAUGGCUGCGCUGGAUCGAUUUGUAGCCCGUAGAGGAAUUCCUGCACAGAUCCACUCGGAUUGUGGUACAAAUUACAUUGGAGCAGCAAGGCAGCUUAAGACAUUAUUUAAAGACGCAGCACUCCAAGAAGCUCUGCAUGCACGAGUUCCGUGUCAGUGGCGAUUUAACCCGCCUGCAGCUCCGCACUUUGGCGGUAUUUGGGAAGCUGCUAUCAAAAGUACAAAGUUACACCUAAAAAAGGUUGUAGGUAAUCAGGUGCAUACCUUAGAGGAAUUGACGACAUUGAUUACACGGAUCGAGGGUGUACUCAAUUCUCGACCCUUGGUUGCCAUGUCAAGCGAUCCGAACGAUUUGUCUGUGCUAACACCGGGACAUUUUUUGAUCGGACAACCGAUCUUGGCAAUUCCUGAACACGACAUCAGUGACAUUCCGCAGAAUCGUCUCAAACGCUGGCAGUUAAUUAAACAAGCCCUUCAAUCAUUUUGGAAACGGUGGAAUCGGGAGUAUUUGCACACGCUGCAGAGUAGACAGAAAUGGUUCCAUCAAAAUCCCAGUCUCGGUGUCGGAGAUAUCGUCGUCAUAAAUUCACCUUCUCGACCUCCUUUGAUGUGGCAAAUUGGUCGGGUCAUCGAGGUCCACCCUGGUGCUGACCAAGUGGUCCGUGUAGCCACUGUCAAGACAACGGAAGGGAUACUGAAACGUCCAGUGGUAAAGUUGGUUAAACUACCCACCGACAACGCUUAA